AUGUCUCGACGAGCUACAGUCAGCUCGUCACGAAUAGAACGAGUCGAACGUUCGUUCUCAAGUUGCGCGAACGCAAAAGCGGCACGAUCGUCCGAACUAUCGUGCGUUAGGGAAUAUAGUUAUCUCUCACAAAAUCCUCAAGCCCGUAACGCCGAGUCCGUUCGUGAGCCAGGUCAUCUUGCAACUGUUCCGACACACGGUUCAGCUCUUGUACAUCAAGCUGAUCCUAUCCUCGAGCCGGAUCAGGUGUUCCCGCCGCCACCACAUCCUGUGGUGGACUCAAGCGGUGGUCAACGCUUCCUAGUGGAGCGUAUUUUGAACCACCGCGAUGUGAAUGGCGUCCGGACGAGUUACCUCGUCCUCUGGCGUGGCUAUCCACCGGCGUGCGACAGCUGGAAUCCUCGUGCCAAGCUGAUUGUUGAUGUCCUUGGUAUCGUCAAGCAGUACGACGAUACACACCCGCUGCGUCCGAAGAAGGGCCGUCGUAAAACGACCUCAACGAACGCGAGUACAGGGAUUGUAAGGUGCCAAUCCUUUCGGCCAUCUUAG